UCUGGGGAAGGCAGGGACAGGAGUGAGAGAAGAGUCGAGAAUGGAAAAAGGAGACGCGCGGAUCAAAAUGUUCAAACCCACUGACGCCCAAACUGACGCCCGCUCCUUCCUGACCGAGGAGAUGAUAACAGAGUUUAAGGCCGCCUUCGACAUGUUCGACACAGAUGGAGGUGGUGACAUCAGCACCAAGGAGCUGGGCACCGUGAUGAGGAUGCUGGGCCAGAACCCGUCUAGAGAGGAGCUUGAUGCCAUUAUUGAGGAGGUCGAUGAGGAUGGCAGCGGUACUAUAGACUUCGAGGAGUUCCUGGUCAUGAUGGUGCAGCAGCUAAAGGAGGACCAGGCCGGAAAGAGCGAAGAGGAGCUCUCCGAAUGUUUUCGCAUUUUCGACAAGAACGGAGAUGGCUUCGUUGACAGGGAGGAGUUUGGAGAUAUCCUCCAUAUGACUGGAGAACCAGUCGUAGAGGAGGAUAUUGAUGAAAUGUUUGGUGAAGCAGACUCAAACAAAGACGGAAAAAUUGAUUUUGAUGAGUUUCUGAAGAUGAUGGAGAAUGUCCAGUAAUGAGUCCAGCACCACAUUCCUUCAUGAUCCUUCCUCAGAAAUAAUACGAAGCCCCUCAGUCAAGACGGCCUGCAAAGAGCAAACUUACCACGAAUAUGAAUGCCCUGAUUAAAAAAAUGUAUAAAUAUCUGUGAAUUAAACCUCCUCACCCCCGA